GCGCAUGCGUGCUGGGAGAGUGAAGGGUAGUUGUUGGUGUGCGUGGACCUGUUUAGAGAGGAUCUGCACUCCUAGUUUCUCCCAGCAAUGGGAUAUUCACUGGCCUCAGGAGUGCUCUUUGCAAUUGGUGCUGUUCUCAUCACAACUGUUGGUGUUGUUGUGGGACAUUAUGUUCUGUCAAAAAAGAAGAAGCCUGCGAUCACUUUAAAAGAUCACAAUGAGAAGUAUCCACUGCGAUUAAUAGAUAAGGAGGUUGUGAGCCACGACACCAGGCGGUUUCGCUUUGCUCUCCCUUCAGCAGAACACAUUCUUGGUUUGCCUGUAGGAAAACAUGUGUAUCUCUCUGCAAGAAUUGAUGGAAGCCUUAUUGUACGGCCAUAUACUCCAGUUAGCAGUGAUGACGACAAAGGCUAUGUGGAUCUUGUUGUCAAGAUCUAUUUCAAAGGAGUACAUCCCAAGUUCCCAGAAGGUGGCAAGAUGUCUCAAUACUUGGAAGACCUGAAGAUUGGGGACACCAUCCACUUUAGAGGACCGGGUGGAUUACUCCUUUAUGAAGGAAAAGGGAAACUUGCCAUCCAGCCUGACAAGAAAUCGCCACCAGAAAACAAAUAUGCCAAAAAGCUUGGUUUGAUUGCAGGUGGAUCUGGUAUUACUCCAAUGCUGCAGUUAAUUCGUGCCAUAAUGAAGGAUAAUGAAGACCCAACUAUGUGCUAUUUACUUUUUGCAAACCAAACUGAAAAGGACAUUCUGCUUCGUGAUGACCUGGAGGAAAUUCAAGCUCAGUAUUCUGACCGCUUUAGGUUGUGGUAUACGGUAGAUAAGGCUCCAGAAGGCUGGGAUUACAGUGAAGGCUUUUUGAAUGCCGAAAUGAUGAAGGAACACCUGCCACCACCUGGUGAUGAUGUCUUGAUCCUCAUGUGUGGUCCACCUCCCAUGAUUCAAUUUGCAUGCAACCCCAACUUGGACAAGCUCGGAUAUUCGCAAGGAAUGCGUUUUGUUUAUUAAGUGUUGAGGUUCCUAUAUUUAGCUUUGGGGAUGUGAUUUGCAAACUAAGUGGAAAUAUUUGCACUCAAAACAGUGGUGUUUGCCUUACUACUGGUAUUAAGAGACAUAAACUGGUUUGUAUGCAUGUUGCAUUUAAUACUGUCAUUCUCUAUAUCAUGUAUGUGUUUGAAUUUGUACAAACAUGUACAAUGUAUACAGUGCUGUACAGUCACUUAAUCUGUUUAGAAAGCUUAAAAUUCAUGUUCAGUGCACCUGGAACUAAAUAUAUGGAUUCACUUCUCUCACUAAUGGAAACCGUUUAAAGAUGUCAGUUUGCUCCAUGAAACUUAUAAAAAUAUAUAAAGCAAUCAAGAGGGACUGUGGUCACAUGCAGGUGGAUUUGUUGUACUUUUGAAUUCUACCACCUUUAUUUUUUUUAUUUGCACUUCAUGUGUUGUACUGGCACUGAAAAUGCAUGUAAGUUAGUGAUUCUCUGAUGCACCCAAUGGUGACCAAGUGAUGCAGCAUUCAGGAUAUGCAACAAAUUAAUCUUUACCUUUUUAGUAAUUUUUCUGAAUUAAAAAUCAUGGGACUGGAUGGUGUAAUAAUGAGCAUGCUCACUGCUGUGUUGUCCCAAGAUUUAAAGGACUGAAAAUUUCCUCUGGUACUUUUUUUUAAAAAAGUAAAAUCAGGCUGGUCGGAACACUCAGGAUGAUAUUUUAGAAAGAAUCACACAAGCAUUUCAGGAGGGUUCUAAUUUGAAGCCGAAUGUUCAGACACAUUUUUGGACUUAUGAUAAGUUGCAAGCUCACCAAGUUAAAUAAGAAUGCAAAUAUCAAACACUGGUAAUAGGAUCUUCAGUUAUUGCAAAGCUAGCUGGAUAUAGUUCAAUAGCAGUAAUAGUCUGAUUCGAAUCUUUCUAUUAAGGCUUCACAGAAUACAUUGUCCUCAUUUUAGUGUGCCUGUCCAAAUGAUAAAUAGCCUUGUCUAUCUGCUUUUAUCUAGUCAAUGUUUCCCAGUGAUCAGUUAUAACUUUACCUGAAGUAUCUGUGCCUUAAGUAAUUUAGUUUUUCUUUGUUGAGAAGUCCUUCAAGAUGUCCACUGUCAAAGCCUGCAUUGCUGCAGGUUUUGUUUUGAUCUAACUUUUAGAGUAGCUGUAACGUUUGCUUAUUUAAAAUACAUGCAACUCUCAACUGAGUUUGAUUUUCAGGGAUCUGGAAACUUUGUUUUGUUGGAGAGACAGUGCCACAUUGGAAAUUGCUCAGCUAAGAAGAAAAUAGUACCCCAAAUGGCUCUUAGCAACACUGCAUCAAGAUCUAUCCAUUUCUGUGCAAAACAAACCAAUCAGCUGCUUCAAUCAUUAGUUGAAGUAUAAUUGAAUGAUACACUUUUGGAUUUGUCCUGAAUAUUCUUUUAGUAAAUUUGGAAGAUCACUGUUUUUGAGAGUGAUGUAUGGCACAGAAUACAAAUAAAAUCCUUUUGGUGAAUAA